GGCGGCGCGGUGCGGGCCCAUGUGGCCGCAGUGCCGCCCGCCGGCGGGCUGGGCCGGAGCAUGUGCAGCUGCGGCAGCACCUGGCAAGGAGCCGCAGCGCCGGGGAUGUGAACCAGGCGGGGAGGAAGGCCCUUGACUCAUCAGAUAAAUCCAGCCCCGCACGGCUGAGCGAAGGCGGAGGAGGCGCGGCGGUGAGCCGGGGAGGAUGGCGGGGGACAGCGAGCAGCGGUUGGAGGAGCAGGGGCAGCCCAGCGGCGGGGAGCCCUUCCUCAUCGGGGUCAGCGGCGGCACGGCCAGCGGCAAGUCCUCAGUGUGCUCCAAGAUUGUCCAGCUGCUGGGCCAGAAUGAGGUGGAUUAUCGCCAGAAGCAGGUGGUGAUCGUGAGCCAAGACAGCUUCUACCGGGUCCUCACCUCGGAGCAGAAGUCCAAAGCACUCAAAGGCCAGUUCAAUUUUGACCAUCCAGAUGCCUUUGACAACGAGCUGAUCGUGAAAACGCUCAAAGAGAUCACAGAAGGGAAGACGGUCCAGAUUCCUGUCUAUGACUUUGUCUCCCACUCCAGGAAAGAGGAGACGGUGACGGUUUACCCUGCAGACGUGGUGCUCUUCGAGGGCAUCCUGGCCUUCUACAGCCAGGAGGUGCGGGACCUCUUUCGCAUGAAGCUCUUCGUGGACACGGACGCUGACACCCGGCUGUCCCGCAGAGUGCUACGAGACAUCAGUGAGCGAGGCAGGGACCUGGAGCAGAUCCUGUCUCAGUACAUCACCUUUGUCAAGCCUGCCUUCGAGGAGUUCUGCCUGCCGACCAAGAAAUACGCUGACGUGAUCAUUCCCAGAGGAGCAGAUAAUGAAGUGGCCAUAAACCUGAUCGUGCAGCACAUCCAGGACAUUCUUAACGGAGGACUCAGCAAACGCCAGAGCAACGGGUACCUGAAUGGCUACACUCCCCCGCGCCAGCGGCAGCCCUCAGAGUCCAGCAGCCGGCCCCACUGACCCGGGCAGAGCGUGAGGCCAGCACGGCCCCUCUGUACAUACUGUCCACUCGUCCCCCCCUUAUCUAUUUAAGAAACCAGACGGAGACGAAGGCCUUUAAUUUUGUAUGUUGGAGUUGCCGAACGAGAAGCAGCCGGUCGCUCGGGAGCCCGGACCACCCUCAGCUCCCAGCCUUGCUCAAUAACUCCUCCAGCACGGAACCGGCUAUAAAUCUCUAUAAAUAUAGAAUUGCUCUAUUUUUGCGUAAAUGCAGAAUAACGUAAACUUACUUGCUGUAAGGUAUUUGCCAGGCUCAGUGUUGCUGGGAGGGACUGGGAAAAAGGGGGUCCUAGGAGGUGUUGGUGUCAGAUCUUCACCUCAAACUCAGUAAGGAAGGAAGAAGUGUGGUGGUGUCCAUCCUGGGCAGCUUGAGUGUGGCCUGAGUGUUACACCUGGGUUGGGUUUGUCUCUUCCUACCGUUGCUUGUUCACUGUGCAGCACCUGCCGGCCUGGUUCUGGCUGGCAGGUGCUGCACAGUGCUUCUGGCAGCUGGGAGAAUGAUGGGGAGUAUCUCCCCUGUCUCACUGCGGCUCCAAGUCUCAGCCCUUCAACAGCAUCCCAUUCUGUGCCUGACACACCUUCCCACCACACGUGUGCCAUACCCUCCAGUGAGGACCUGGAAGGUGGUGCUGGGUAUGUGGCCAUAUAAACACAGCCUUUUUAGCAGUCUCAGUGCCUGGCUUGUGUGGGGGCAGCACGUGGAUACCUUCAGCCCCUCUGGAGCUUGGUGGCUGUGUCUGGUGGCACUGACCCUGGGCUGACCUGCCUGGAGGUUGGCUUGCAGGUUUGAGGUGUGUCUCAUUCCUCACUUGGAUGAGUUUUGCUCUUGUGUGGGGGAUUCUGGGGUUUAUGAGGUAUGGUUAAGGGACAACCAGCCUUUUCUAAAAGAAAGGGGCAAUGGCUGAUCAAAGGCAGCUGCUGAGCUGCCUUUCUGAAGGGCUCAGCAGUGUGUAGUGGUCCCUGGGCUGCCUUGCAUCCCCAUGUGGGACAUCCACAGGUCCCAUCUGGGUAGUGUGAAACUGGGUGCCCAGCAGUCCUCUGCUCCCUGUUUGCAGAGCCUGCCUGUAUCCCUUUCACUGUCCUGGGAGAGGACACUGUCCCUGCAGUCUUUUGUCCCAAGAGCUGCCCAGGCAAUGCCCUCCCUUUACCAGGAUGAGAGUUAAUCUCACCUAACCUGUUGGUGCUUCACCAGCCAUGUCCAGAGGGGCCUGGUGGGGUUGUACUGCAGAUUGAGGGAUGCCUGGAGAGGCCCCUGCAAGAUGGGGCAGUGUGGCUGGGGCAGGGGCUUGGUGGGAGCCAGCGAAGGGGGUUUGGUGGGAUGGUAGCCAGCAAAGAUCCUUUGGCCAGUGCUGCUAAGAUGGACUUGCCCUACCAAACCCAAAAUUUCAGGCAUCCCACAAAGCUUGGAGCAGAGUCCCUUAGCCUUGCUCCAUUGUGGUUCUUUCAGUUUUUCCAGAGCAUUGGUUUUGCUCUGUGGUUAAGAGUUUAAUGGACCGUGCUCCAUUGCUCUCCGGCCUGAUGUGAGCUGGGACAAGCUUGUUCCUGGAGAGAACAAGAAAGGAAACACCUUCCCCCAGUGACUGCUGCUGGGGCAGACUCAUUCCUUCUUGAUCUGGGAUGAGCCAGCCUUUUAUCCCUCUCCCUGUGUGCCAGCACUCCUCCAGGCACAUCAGCUUUGCCAUGACCAAGGGCUGAUUCUGUGUAGGUAAGAGAGACCAAAGCUCUGCAGAACUGGUGAGGCUUCUCAGGGCUCAUGCAGAAGACAAGGUAAAAUACUGGCCUCCUCUCCCCGGUGAAUAAAGACAGAAUAAAUGGA